CUUUCCAGACCAUAAACUCAUCCCAUAGCAAUGGCGGGAGCGCGUUCCUUUUUUAAUGGUUUCAUAUCUCUCCUUCUUCUCCUCCUCGUCUACCUCGGUUGUUUCAUAUUCACAAGCACCGAUCGCGUUUCAACGAAGAAGCGAAAGGUAUCUCCUCUGUCUCCUUCUUCAACUCCAUCUCGUCUCAAAUCAUCCCAGAAAGCAUUCUCCUCCUCUUUCUCCUUCCUGAAGCGAAUCUUUCACUUCAAGAAUUCCAACAGAGAUAACGAAGCACAAAUCACACAAAUCACACAACCCUCAACUCCAACUUUAUCAUCCGCCAGAUCUUCGCAGCAAUUAAUGCCCGAAUCGACAUUAUCUGUAUCUGCUCAGCCACGGAAGAGGCAAAUCGGACCCCUACAAGAACCCAAAAUCUCACUCGAUCAUCCCUCAUUUCCUCUCCGAAACGAUAUCUUUCCAUGCCCAAUCUGCAGCGAGAUCUUUCAGGAGAUGCAGCUUCUAGAACAACAUCAAUCGAUCAAACACGCUCUUUCAGAGCUCUUCGAUGGUGAUUCAGGCAAGAAUAUCGUUCAGAUCAUUUUCAAUGCUGGAUGGAACGAUAAAGGGAAGAAAAACCCCAUCAUUCACCAAGUGCUCAAAAUCCAUAACAGUCCCAAGAUACUAUCGAGGUUCGAAGAGUACAGAGAAAACGUGAAGUUCAGAGCGGCACUAAAUGGAGUGAAUAGAAGGGAUGAGCGUUGCAUCGCUGACGGUAAUGAGCUGUUGAGGUUUCACUGUUCGACUUCUGCUUGUGGAUUGGGACAGAAAGGGAAUUCUAGCAUUUGUAAUCAGCCCUACUGCAGCGUAUGUGGGAUCAUAAGGUCGGGCUUCUCGGCGAAGAUGGAUGGCAUAUCGACGCUUUCGAGUAGUUGGAGAGCACACGUGGCACUUCCUGAUGAAAUCGAGGAAGAUUUUGCUUUUAUGAACGUGAGGCGUGCCAUGUUGGUUUGCCGAGUUAUAGCGGGUCGGAUCGGAUGCGAGGGUGACCAGGAGAUGGUUGAUAAGGAAGAUGCUCAGUAUGACUCGGUCGUUGGGGGGAGUGGUGGAGCCCACUCCAGGUUGGAUGCAGAUGAGCUUUUCGUUUUCAAUCCAAGAGCUGUGCUUCCCUGCUUUGUGAUAAUUUACAGCAGUGUUAGCGUGUGAUUAUGACUGUUUGUGGUUUUGCUCUUCUUUUCAGUUUCUAAGUUAUAAUUUUCUCUCUCCUUUUUUUUUUUUUUUUUAAGAAACUUUGAAGUGUAAAUGGAGGAAGAGUGUAACAGGUAAGGUAGUAUAGAUGUUUCAUGAUGUGUAGUGGUCGAGUGUUCAAGUGUUCUCUUGCUCUCAUGGGUGUUUUUGGUAAUAAAUUUGUAUAUUUUAAUU